CUGGUUUGGUGUACUCUUUUCAUCAAUGUUUGGCGUCUCGUUUCCAUAACAACAUAAGAUACCAACGGGAAGUAAAGGGGUGUAAUCAUCCUGAAACUGGAAAUGCAGGCUUCUCACGUCGGAGUGGUCAGGGACUCCAUGCUGGCUAAUCCUCUUUUAAUUAGGCCAGCGCUUGGGAAGACCAAGUCUAAAGGGUUGGCAUGUCUUGGACCUGACUUUGUGUACGGAACUGUCACGACCAUCCAGGACGGAGGAGUCUCAGAAGCCUUGUCCAACUGGCGCACACACUCCCUGCCCACUAGUGGCAGUAGUGGCCACUCCAGGAGGCCUGAGAAGGACUUUGUGGCUCUGAACCGCGAGGGGGUGAAGUCCGGCCUGGUGACUGCCAAGGAGCAUUACCAGUACCGCGCCACCCACGACAGGAGACGAGCCGCCCCUGCCAGAAGGGGCUCUCAUCUCCCUGUGCCCCCUCGCAUCCCCCCUGACACUACCUUUGGCAUCUCGACACGGCCAUCCACUCCCAUCUGUGAGCUGCUGGAGCACAAGUAUGCCCAGCACUGGCUAGAGGAGCAGCAGGCCAAGGAGAGAGCCCUGGAGGAGAGGCAGCUCAACAUGCCUAAGCUGGGCCGCAUCCAGGAGACACGGACAACUCUGUUGAGGAAGAGUCGGCCCAUGCCUGAGUCUACCCCGCUGUGGAAGCUUCCCCGCUUCCAGCAGGUUGGCCCAGCUCUGGACACCUUCCGGGAUCCAUAUGCUAGAAAGAAGGCCUUCAGUGCCCACUUCUCAGACUCAGUGGCACAGACAGGACAGCUGGGCCAGGCACCCUAGACUGUGGGUUAAAACAUACAUUAGAGAAGAGUCUAUGUAGUAACUGUUGGGGUAGGGAGUAGGGGGCAAAGUCCUGUUUUCCAAGCGGCCUUAAUCAAAUUGCUCACAGAUACAAUCAACCUAUAUGUAUUACUGAUACUGACAAUGUCAUUAUCAUGGGAUUUUACUGAUUUCUACAACUCCUCAAUAACACCUUGUACUUUGAGUUUUUCGACAAAAGAACUGAUAUUGUACUUUUGGCCGAACCUACACUGUUACCACCACAAGGAUUUGUAAUAUCAUGUUUGUAGAUGACACUACUCUUUAACUCUGUGAGAAGGUAAAGUACAAAACACUAAAAUGCUGUGAAAACGUGUUCCUGGAAAAAAUAAAGGAGAAAUAUUUUUAGUUAAUCAAAUACACUAACAUAUUAGUGAGUGCAGUUUUGUGUUUCUAUUAACAAGGAGGUAGAAAAUCUAAUGCUUCACUUUUCACUGUUUGUUAUUAGGUCAUAGCUUGGCUAUAAAUCUUUUUCUCUGGUUGUGUUCCAAGUAUAAAAUAUUUGAUGGAAAAGUCAAACUGAUUUAGCUUCAUUU